AUGCUUCAGAUUGAGAACAUGAGCAUUGUUGAGCUCAAUGAACUCAUUGCCUCCCGUGAGAAUGAGUUGAAGAUAAUCAAGAAGCGCCUUGCCUUCACAAAGAAGGAGAAGAAGGGUGAGGACAUCACCAUCAAUCUCCUCCAGCCUUCGGGGCGCACCAUUCCCCACACGGUGAAACCCAAGAACACCAUUCUUCAGGUGAAGCGCUCAAUUGUGGAGGAGUUGAACAUGGACAAGCCCGAGUGCAUCCGCCUUGUCUAUGGCACUGAGGAGAUGAAGAACACCAAGACCAUUGCAGGCUAUGGUGUCGACGACGGCGACGUCCUCACCAUUGUCAUGGCCCUUGCAGGCGGUGCUAAGAAAGGGGGGGUUCAGCAGAACUUUCUCAAGACAGCCAAGAGGAUGCAGGCAAAUGACCUCAUCCAGCGCACCCAGAACACCACAGACCAAGCCAUCACUCACUGCAACCAUGUUGCCAAUCAACUCAUGGCACUUGCUGACACAGAUGUCCGCAGUGCCUUGCGUGCCCUUCUUGCUGAGAACACAGAUGAGAAGUUGGAUGGUUGUAUUGCUGUUUUGAAGACGACCCAUAACAAGGAUACACGCCUUGAGGGAUGUGCUGACCUCCUGUUUGACCGCAUCACUCAGCCCAUCAAAGACCGCAUGAAGGACUUCAACGGAGCCAUUGAGACCACUCACUGUGUGUUUCAGAUGAUGAUGAGCGACGCUUUCUGCCCCAACGGCAAGUGGGACUGGAAGAGCUUUGAGGGCAUGGUUGAUGAUGUGAAGCGCCAGCGGUCUCAGCCAGCUCAGCCUGUCAAUAUGAACAUGGGCUGA